AUGGCGUGGUCAUCUUGGAGUGGCGUCUGCAUAGGGUGCAAUAGUCAGUACCGGCAAAGAGUCGAAUUUAACUGCUCAAGAACACAGGAAUCACGGCCUUGUAAAUGUCCUCCUGAAAUUAAUACUGAGCUCAAGAAUCAGUCGGUUACAUAUAAGACAUCGCUUCAGUUCAAUUGCUCUCUAAGCGGUUUCCCUACACCGGAGAUACUCUGGACUAAGGAUGGGGAGAAUAUUGGUAACAAAAACACUCUCACGAUUAAUCGAGUGAGUUACGGCGAUGCUGGUCAAUACACAUGCAGCGCCAAAAACAGCGAAGGAAGCAAAAACUCAACUUUCUGGAUCGAGGUGGCGGGAGUCUCUCCCAAGAUCAUUCAGCCUCUGUUACGCCAAUCUGUUACCGAAGGAUACCCUGUAAACCUUAGUUGCGUAGCCUCAGGUAUUCCAACACCAACCUUGGUCUGGACUUUUAAUAAUGGUGACCUGCCAUCUGGUAUCAAUCAAACCGGUCACGAAGGAGAAUCAUUCAUAGCAUCACCAAGUGUCAUGAAAAGGAUGAAUGGGACUUACAAGUGUACAGCAAAAAACAAAGCAAACACAACCAGUUCCUCAGCAACUCUGCGUGUUUAUGGAAAAGCCUCUGCUCUAGUUUUUCCAGAGAAAUACAUAACACUCACAAAAGGAGAUACCCUCAAAUUGAUCUGCAUAGUCAACGAAGAAACAAUCAGCAUUAUGUGGAAAAAAGAUGGAGACCUAAUAACAGAAAAAGCAGUUAUAGAGACACGAUUAGAUGAGGAAAAUAGUAAACUUGAUAUAACUAAGGUUGUGGAAGAGGACAGUGGUGAAUAUUCUUGUGAAGCACGUAACAAGCUAAGAACUGUGGCUCGCUCUGUUGUGACAGUAAAUGUCAAAGAGGCUCCUUCCAGCAGCUCAUCUUCCUCCAGCAGCUCACUGGAGUGGUACUACAUUGCGGGACCUUUGGCUGCUGUCGUUUUUCUACUGGCGUUCAUUUCAUACAUUAAAAAACGCCGUGCGACAGCCCCACCUGAGGUGCCACCUAGGCUGAAUGAAGGGGAAGAUGAAGUUGAGAUGGAUCAGCUGAACGCAAACACAGACGGAUGGGAGAUUGCAGUUGACCGCCUGAUCCUUCGCGAGCAUAUUGGCAAAGGGGCAUUCGGUUCAGUGUGGCGAGCGCUACUGGGUCGUUCCCGUGGCAGACCUGGAAAUCGCACAGUUGCUGCGAAAUGCUACCUACCAAUCUCCGGAGAGAAAGGAAGGAAGGCCCUGCUGAGAGAGAUCGAGUUAUUAAAACUCUUUGGAAGGGAGGGCCAUGAAAAUGUUGUUAAGUUCAUUGGUUGUGUCACAGUUGGAGCUCAGCCAAUACUUAUCAUGGAGUACCUGUGGCGAGGUGACUUGCUGGGUUAUCUCAGAAAAUCCAGGGGGGUUUUCGACCAAUAUCAUCAUGGGGUCGGAAUUGUCGACCACUUGACAACAUAUGACAUGGUGCUGUUUGCUAAACAGAUCGCACAUGGUAUGACUUUCCUCGCGUCCAGAGGGAUAAUUCAUCGCGAUCUUGCAGCUCGUAACAUCCUUCUUGAUGAGCAUCGUGUCUGCAAGUUGACUGACUUUGGGCUCUCUUAUCAGGAUUUCAAAUACGGCCCAGGAAAUGCCAAGAAGGGAUGUAUCCCAAUCAAAUGGACUGCACCCGAGAUUCUCUUUGGACAUGUGGAACAGCUGUCAACCAAAAGCGAUGUGUGGUCCUACGGCAUCGUCUUGUAUGAAAUCUUCACUGUCGGAGGCAUUCCUUACGAUGGAUGGUCUCAAUCCACGACAAUGAAAAAAAUCGAAGAAGGUUAUCGUCUGCCAAAGCCUGAACAUAUCGACGACAGUUUAUACGCGGUGAUGUUAAACUGCUGGAAAUACGAAAGCGCCAGCCGGCCACACUUUGUGAAGCUCUACCAAACAAUGGAUACAUAUAUUAAAACAAAGACAUAUGUAGAUAUCUUUGACGAUGACAAGUAUGAUCAGGAUAAGUACAACUUUGUCGAUGACCGUGGAGCUGUUGCAAACCCAGAAGAUGCAGGACCGGACGAGCUAGGAGCAGCUGCAGCAAAUCCCAUCGGUGAAGUGGGUGAACACGGUGCUACGGCACAUCCCUUUCUGGUUGCAGUGGACGAUGAUGCUACAGCUUUCCCUCUUGGAAUUAACGUAGGAGACGAAGGAGCACCUGCAACAGAUCCCGACCGUGAAGUGGGUGAACACGGUGCUACGGCACAUCCCUUUGUGGUUGCAAUUGACGAUGGUGCUACAGCUUUCCCCUUCGCUAUUAACUUACAAGACAAAGGGGCAGCUGCAGGAAAUCUCGCCCGUGAAGUGGGUAAGCACGGUGCUACCGCACAUCCCUCUAUGGUUGGAAUUGACGAUGGUGCUACAGCUUUCCCUCUCGGAAUCAAAGUAGAAGAAGAAGGUUGCGCAGCAUACCCUUUUGAGAGUGAUAAGAAAGAUAUGGAUGCCCAAGCGUACCCUUUGGAGAGUGAUACUUUACCAUACCUUAGCGAGAACGAGGAAGAAGAUGUUGAUGACUCCGAGUGCCCUCUUGCGAUUGAGGAAGAAGAAAUUGAUCCUUUACCAUCCUCCCUGGUGAUGGACGAAGACGGUCUAGCUGCUUCAGCAUGUCCCCUUGUGACUGACGAAGAAAAUUCUGAUUCUUUAGCAUGCCCCCUUGUGGUUGAGGAAGAAGAUUCCAAUAACUCAGCAUGCUCCCCUGUACUUGGGGAAGAAGAUUUGGAAGCCACAGAAUGCCUUUCUGUUACUGAAAAAGAAGAUCCUACCUCUUUCGCACGCUCCGCAAAUGAGGUGAACAAACCCGAUGCCUCACCAUUCCCUUGUGUGAUCGAAGAGGAAGAUCUUGAUUCUUUAGAAUACAAUCCUCUGAUCGAAAAAGAAGGCCUCAGUGAUUUCGUCUUCCCUCCAGAAAUUCAAACUAAUGACGAAGAAGGUGUAACAAGUGAACCUGAAAAUACCGUUGGUUAUGAAGGUGCUGUAGCAGUUCAAUCUGAAAAGGAGGCAGUAGAAGAAGAACCUAAGACUUGCCAACUAGAGUACACGAAGGAUGAACAAGACGAUCUUGGAAACUAUAUGGACGACCAAAGUGAUGCUGUAGACCUUUUUGACGGAGACGCUGGCGUACAAGAGUAUGAUGGUAAUCAACUUACUGCUGCGGAUAUAGACGAAACUGGAAGUGACGAAGACGAGGAGUCAUCUGAAGCAACUCCUCUUGUGCAGGACUGAGGCUUAAUAGCAGAAUUGCUGAACCUCUAAGGUUGUAGUCUUAUAACACUCUGUGGUAAUUUGUAGUUUAUAUUUCGAGAAUUUCAGCCUCAAUAUUUCAUAGUUUUUGAUUUUAAGACGUAGGUUUUUUCGUACUUUUACUUUAGUAAUGCUUUGGUAGUGAUGAUAACCAUUUUCAUAGUUUAUAAAUGGAGGUUAAGUGGAAUUUCCUUCAAAGAAAAAACUUGUUUAUUUACUUCACUUUUGCAUUUCUUAGUUUACCGUUUAUUCACUUGGUGCACUUGUCAGUGCUUUGUUGAUGUUAUUGACUGUAGGCUGAUAGAGACAAAAAAAAAAGAAAAAAAAAGAAAUUGCUGUUAAGAUAAUUUUUAUAACUGAUCAAGUCAGAAAUGCUGCGUAAGUUUGUGAGUGUUG